AUGUCUCAAUCCAGAAUAGCUGUCAUUAUUGACAAUGGCUCAGGACUUUGCAAAGCGGGCUUUUCUGGAGAAGAGGCCCCCAGGACCAUGGUGGCUACAGUUGUUGGCUACCCCAAGACCCGCGCGGUCAUGUUUGGCCCCGUUCAGAGAAUGUGUUACGUCGGUAGGGAAGCCCAAGCCAAGAGAGGUAUCUUAUCUUUUAAAUACCCAGUGGAACACGGAAUUGUGACCUCUUGGGAUGAUAUGGAGAAGAUCUGGAGAUACAUCUACAGGCAUGGACUUAAGGUAAGAGCCAGGGAGAGGCCGGUGUUGUUGACCGAAGCUCCCAUGAACCCAACAGCAAACAGAGAGAAGAUGACAGAGAUCAUGUUUGAGCAUUUCCAGGUGCCGGCCAUGUUUGUAGGCCUUCAGGCUCUAAUGGCCUUGUAUGCUUCUGCCCGUACAACAGGGUUGGUUUUAGAUAGCGGCGCCGGGGUCACUUUGACCGUCCCCAUCUACAAAGGCCACUGCUUGCUACACGCCAUCUCCAGGGUGAAUUUUGCCGGGCGCGACAUCACCCGAUAUCUGGCAACGCUUCUGUUGGAGAGCGGGCACAACUUCUUGAGCUCUGCGGAGAAGGAGAUUGUGAAGAACAUCAAGGAGAAUCUGUGCUACGUGGCUCUGGAUUCGAGUCAGCAGAAGGACAAAGGGCCCGUUCGCGAAUACACACUUCCUGAUGGCACACCUGUGGAGAUUGGGGACCAGCUCUUCCGAGCUCCCGAAUCCUUGUUUAACCCGACGGACGCUGGAGUCACGGCACCGGGGAUUCACCAGAUGAUGGCCGAGAGCAUCUCCAAAUGUGACGGCAGCAUCCACCAGGACCUCUGGAGAAGCCUCAUCAUAGCUGGAGGAUCGACCCUCUUUCCGGGCCUUAGUGAACGUCUCCUCAAAGAGCUGCAAAGCCUGGGCCCUCACGGCCUGCCGACCAAGCUGGAAGCCCCAGCCGACCGGAUCCAUUCCGUCUGGAUUGGCGCAUCGGUGCUCACCAGCUUGCCCUCUUUUAAGAACAUGUGGGUCACACAGCAAGAAUACAGAGAGGUUGGCCCCACCGUGCUGCAGAAGAAAUGCUUCUGA